GCUUCACCUCUCACUUCCUCUUCAUCGGUGGCUAUGGCUUCUCAUUGUCGUCGACCCUUUCAACGGCCACCACAAUCACUCCAACCACCUUCCAGGGCCGAAAACGUACCAUUUUCAGGCACUCGAGUUCCCAUGGAUGAAGUGCGCUCUUCAAAUCAAGUUCCCAUGGAUGAAAUGGAUUCUUCAAAUCCAGUGAAUGUAUUCGGAUCCAUGUUUUCAGAUCAGGCAAAACAAGUUCAUCCUGAUAAAAAUCCGAGUGACCCUUUGGCAGCUGAACAAUCUCAGACUUAUAAUGAAGAGUGGCAAAGACUUAGAAGAUGGGCUACAACUUGUGUAGCGAUGUAUGCUGCAUAUAUGGCAAUUCUUGUUUCGGUUUAUCAUCGCUCAAACUAUUUGGAGAGAUCAAUCUCUAAUGAAGGAGAUUAUGAACGACAUGCUUUGAUGGAAAGACUUACACUAAUGGAUAAUGAAGAUUGUUAUAAUAAACUACAUAUGGGAAAGGAUGCAUUCGCAAGACUAGUAAACAUUCUUCGGGGAACAGGUCGUCUUAGAAAUAGUGCACAUAGUAAUGUAAAAGAACAAGUUGCCAAAUUCCUUCACAUUGUUGGUCAUAAUUUAAGGAAUAGAACUAUGAAAUUUUAUUUCAAGCGUUCUAGUGAAACUGUUAGUCGUCACUUUCAACAAAAAUCAAGGACAAUACCAAAUAUUGGCCCUACUUUAAGGUAA